AUGGCGGCAUUUCCACUGCAAAAUCCGCCGGCGCCUCCGCAACCGGCCGUGCCGUCAUUAGAUCUCGCAGGCCUCUGUUUUUGCGACCAGAUUUUCCUUAAUUUUGUUGGCGGAUGCCUCGUGCCGGGUAACGUGUUCGACUACUUCGCCAACUCCCCGUUCUACGAUCGCACGUGCAAGAACGAGCAGCCGAGGAUGCAGGGCAUUCAUCCCCUUGACACAGCGCGCCUCAUGUCGUUUCAUGUUUUUCAGCUCACAUGCGUUUCCGUUGUGGAGAGCUCAUUUAGGUUCUGUCUCUCUCCAGCCAUCUUGAUUGCUCAGCAUUUUGAGACGUCUCACUCUCACACAACGACCCGUUUUCUUCCCUCUCCCCUCGUCCAGGGAGAUGGUGGGGUGGGAGUAUUCGCUGUACAUGGUGCACGAGCCUCUUCUGUUCGUGAUGCGGAAGCAAAAAAGGGACGGUCCAGAUCGCACCAUGCCCGUGGCCGCAUACUAAAUCCUGGAUGGGUCCAUCUUCCAUGCAUGUCGUCAUCGGUUCUCGGAUUGUGA